GCAAUGCGCAGAUUUAAGAAUAAAGUUUACAACAAAAUUGAAGACUUUUACACCACUGCAGACUUAAAAGAUCCUGAUACGCCCAAACCAAUCAAUCUGACAAUAAAUGAUUUUGAUUCGAAAGGAAAGCUAACUAAUCCUCGUGCACCUUGCGUGGUAAGCACCAUCGAUCCAGAUUAUUCAAAAGCGACGAAAUGGCAACGUAACGCAAGAAAAUUUCGCAUGAAAACUGAUAUUUUGAGGUUAAGGGAGAUAGUACGCAAUAAAUUCGUAAUCUACGCUACACAAGAAAGGUAUAUAGAAAAGCAACGAGAAAGCGUCCAUCAAGAAGAAAUUUACAAACGUAUCACAACUGCUAACGAGCUUAUGGAGGAGACACUCAAUAAAAUAGAGAAAAACGCUUUUACAGAAAUGAAAGAAACCCAGCAAGAGUUGGAACAAUUGAAGAAGUUUAAAUUCGACGACGAAUUGAAUGAAACGAAAGCCCAACACCAACGAGUUAUGCUGGAGGUGCAAGAAGAGUAUGGACGUUUCCUAUUUCUACUUAAACUGAUUAGUUAUUUCGAUAAUAUAAUCGAUCCGGAGGAUAUUAAUCAGCAAGAGCUGCCUGCCUUGCAGUCUUUCAAUAAUAUUCCUGGAGUCGAAAAUAGUAAUAGCGUAGGGGAAAAGGAUAUUGCUGUUGUUACCAACUACACGCAGACAAUUGUGCGACCAUAUCUAGCUAAACGCAAUUAUUUGACCGCUGAAAGGUGGUUUAAGGGAUACGAGCAUAUAAGACAAAAAAUAUUCAACUAUUAUUGUAACUUAACUCGCGUAGCUAUGGUGAAUCAUGUGGUUCUCAUCAUGCAUGAAAAAUCGGAAAAAGCCUUUGCUCGGCUUAUCGUAAAACCUGUGAUGUUGAAGCAGCCCGAAAUUUUACAGCAACGAGCAGUUUAUUUGCGUGAACGAGCUUUGAAUAUACUCGACAUGUUUGAGGAGAAACAAAAAAAAGAUCAUCUUUGGUUGAAAAUAAAAGCAACGAUACCAAUCGUAUUGAGACGUGUCGAGAAAGUGAUUGAUACGAUUGACAGUAAGGACACCACUGAGAUGCCAGUGAAGCAUGUAUCGAGACAAAAGGCAUCUUCGGCGGCCCAAGUGAAAAUUGAAACAACUUUUUCAAGUAGAAUUCGACGGGACCAUCAUGAAAACACAUUAACCAUGGUGGAAAAACUUCAAUGGCGUGUUAUGAGUGUACUGCAAGAUUUGGAAAAAAUCCCACCAAGAGAAUGUAGGCGUAUUGAAAGAAACGUGCGGAAGCGUAUGCAAAUGCAAAUGGAUUCUUCGCGAAAAGCACUUAUCCGACAAAAUCGCUUGCAUCAUUGGGUGGAGCAUUUCAAAAAGCAUGAACUUCUCCGUCAUCAGGAAUAAAAGUUUACAUUAACACACAAUAUACAAAGCUUACCUUACAUCAGUACCAGCAAUGGCCAGAUAAGUGCCGCUUUGAUCAAAA